CUGUUCGGUCAAUCUCUCCGGUCACCACAGAGGUGUUAGCGAGGCGAUCUGGGGUCCGGACGUAAACAUUCCCUAGGGCUGGAACAUCGCGGCAGGAUGUUUCCCAUAUUUCCGUACAUUUGGCCCUGGCUCCCACAGCCACGCUGGGAGUGAGGAGGUUUGCCCGCCUGAGUGAUGAGGAAACGCGCGGGCAGCCUUCCCGGUGUCGGAGGAAUCCAGAGUCCAAACCACUUUUAUUCGCACCAACAUAACUCAAAACCCAGGUCAAAGGCGGAAAUGAGGCACACCUGCCGCGGCACCAUCAACCUGGCCACGGCCAACAUCACCGUGGAGGACUCCUGCAACUUCAUCAUCUCCAACGGGGGCGCGCAGACCUACCACCUGAAGGCCAGCUCAGAGGUGGAGCGGCAGCGCUGGGUGACCGCCCUCGAGCUGGCCAAGGCCAAGGCUGUGAAGAUGCUGGCAGAGUCAGAUGAGUCUGGAGACGAAGAGUCCGUCUCGCAGACGGACAAGACGGAGCUGCAGAACACACUGAGAACACUGUCCAGCAAGGUAGAGGACCUGAGCACGUGCAACGACCUGAUCGCCAAGCACGGCACAGCGCUGCAGCGCUCCCUCAGCGAGCUGGAGUCCCUCAAGCUGCCGGCAGAGAGCAAUGAGAAGAUCAAGCAGGUCAACGAGCGGGCUACACUCUUCCGGAUAACGUCCAACGCCAUGAUCAACGCCUGCAGAGACUUCCUCAUGCUGGCCCAGACCCACAGUAAGAAGUGGCAGAAGUCGCUGCAAUAUGAGCGAGACCAGCGGAUCCGGCUGGAGGAGACCCUGGAGCAGCUGGCCAAGCAACACAACCACCUGGAGAGGGCCUUCCGCGGGGCCACGGUGCUGCCGUCCCACAGCCCCGGCGGUGUGGGGCCCGGGAAAGAUCAGGCCUGCGCCGGCAAAGGGGACGUGAGCGACGAAGAUGACGAGAACGAGUUCUUCGACGCCCCGGAGAUCAUCACCGUGCCGGAGAGUCUGGGCCACAAACGCACCGGCAGCAACAUCAGCGGAGCCAGCAGUGACAUCAGCCUCGAUGAGCAGUACAAACACCAGCUAGAGGAGACCAAGAAGGAGAAGAGAACCCGGAUCCCAUACAAACCAAACUAUAGCCUCAACCUGUGGAGCAUCAUGAAGAACUGCAUCGGAAAAGAGCUCUCUAAGAUCCCCAUGCCGGUGAACUUUAACGAGCCCUUGUCCAUACUUCAGCGCCUGACUGAAGAUCUGGAGUACCACGAGCUGUUAGACCGGGCUGCGAAGUGCGAGAACUCUCUAGAACAGCUCUGUUAUGUUGCAGCUUUCACGGUGUCCUCCUACUCCACUACUGUCUUCCGUACCAGCAAGCCAUUCAACCCGAUCCUCGGGGAGACCUUCGAGCUGGACCGGCUGGAGGAGAACGGGUACCGGUCCCUGUGUGAGCAGGUGAGCCAUCACCCCCCUGCUGCUGCACACCACGCCGAAUCCAAAAAUGGCUGGACACUGCGCCAGGAAAUCAAAAUCACCAGCAAGUUCCGAGGCAAAUACCUCUCCAUCAUGCCCCUUGGUACCAUCCACUGUAUUUUUCAUGCUACCGGGCACCACUACACGUGGAAGAAAGUCACCACAACCGUGCACAACAUCAUCGUGGGCAAGCUGUGGAUCGAUCAGUCUGGUGAAAUUGAUAUUGUGAAUCACAAGACAGGAGACAAGUGUAAUCUUAAAUUUGUUCCUUAUAGCUACUUCUCUCGGGAUGUAGCAAGAAAGGUGACAGGGGAGGUGACCGAUCCGUCAGGAAGAGUUCACUUCGCCCUUUUGGGGACCUGGGAUGAGAAAAUGGAUUGUUUCAAAGUCCAGCCAGCCGCUGGAGAGAAUGGGGGUGAUGCCCGGCAGAGAGGCCACGAGGCGGAGGAGAGCAGGGUGACGCUGUGGAAACGGAACCCUCUUCCGAAGAAUGCAGAAAACAUGUACUACUUUUCAGAGCUCGCACUCACUCUUAACGCCUGGGAAGGGGGCACCGCGCCCACAGACAGCAGGUUGCGGCCUGACCAGAGAAUGAUGGAAAACGGGCGCUGGGACGAGGCCAAUGCCGAGAAGCAGCGCCUGGAGGAGAAGCAGAGACUGUCCCGGAAGAAGAGGGAAGCAGAAGCUGUGAAAGCCACGGAAGAUGGCACGCCGCACGACCCCUACAAGGCCCUGUGGUUUGAGCGGAAGAAGGACCCUGUCACCAAGGAGCUAACCCAUUUUUAUAGGGGCGAAUACUGGGAUUGCAAAGAGAAGCAGGACUGGAGCUCGUGCCCAGACAUUUUCUGACAUGGCCCGUGACAGAGGAAGAGCAUCGAACAGACGGGACAGGAUGCGUGGGGAGCUGGCCGCUGCGACUCUUUCCGAGCGCUUCCCUCACGUCGGUCUGUCUUAACCAAUCACUUACUCCAAAUCCCUCACAGAAGCAGACCCCAGUGGUGGUGAUUGGCUGGUGGCCUUAGCUGACUGACACAGACAUCGACGUCCUAGACCCCGCGUCGGAUGGGAGAGGCGUGUGGCUGAACAGCGGUGUUGUUCCUCGAGUGAGGUCCGGUGUCCUCGGCUCUUCUCCGCCCUCUGCCCCACUGAUGAUGGUGAGCCCUCCCCUGUCGCAUACCGCUCAGCCAAGAUCUGCGCAGGAUUGGUGCUGCCCAGAGCAAGCGCUGAUUGGAAGUUCCCUCGGAAAGAAACCUGCGGUGUGACCAGAGGGCACUCAGGUCUGACCUGGGAACUGUUCACGCCUGGCCCCGAGCUGUUGGGGCUGGAACGCUCGGUUCCAUCUUUGACAUUUCCGUCUGCACUGCGGAUGCCCGUCUGCUACUCCACCUUCCUCAGCAGCGAGGCCACCCCAGGGGUUGGCGCGAGGGACGCAUUGUGGGCGAGGUGUGCGGACUCCUCCGGCCCAGAACUAAGAACCCAGGAUGGGAGGCGACGGCCACCCACCCUCCGGCCCUCCUCCGCCCGUCCUGGCCUCUCUCUCUCCACCGGCCUGGCCAGGUGGCCCAUGUGGAGCAGCACUUGCCUGUCCUGCUGAUGUCCUUCAGAAUUGGAGCGAUGUCAGCCUGGAACAGAUGUUGUCACCGUCCCUCAGGCCCCGCAGACUGGAGCCGCCUCUGGAAUAAUGUGUUAAAUACCUGUAUAUUAUAUAUAUGUAGAGAAAAAUCUAAUUUUUUUGUUUGAUUUCCCUGCUUCCCAUUAAGAAUCUUGGAUUUGGUGUCCCUGGCCUCCGUGGGACUCUUGGACAUGUCGCCGUGGAUGGGCGAUCGGAACCGAAUAGGACUCUGUCCAUAGUUCGCAGCCCAGGCCACCCACAGCUGGUGAAGCUCUGCUCUGCCUGUCCUCAUUAGCUGACUUGAAAGUGAAAUGCUAAUCUGUCCUGCCUCUUCUGUCUCCCUCUCCCUCUCUCUCUCUCUCUCUCAUGAGGAAGAGCCUGGAGAAAAAGUCAGGAGGGUGAUUCCCCGCACGUAGGAUGAAGCCCAGAAGGACCUCUUCCCAGGACGGGGUGCUAAAAGCCCCAUCCCGGGCUGUGGCCAGAGAGUGGCUCCCCCUGGGCCUGGCUGCCUUCCUUGUCUGUUCAGUAUUUGUUGUAGUUGUCUUGUUCAGAAAUCGCACCCGCCGGGAGACCCACCCCUGGUCGAGGAUCACAAAUUGAGGUGCCUUCCUUGUAUGCUUUUUGUUAGUGUUUUUUUUUAAUUUUUAUGUUUUGUUCCUUGACUGCUGAGCCUCAGCCAGUGUGGGUCCUGGGGAAAUAUCAUUCCAGAGGAAGCCUUCCCUGCAGGGAAUCUGGUUUUACUGGUCAAGUCCGUACUUGGAACCCUUCCCUCGCCUCCCCUCCGUCGGGGCCGUGGGGGUUUCUCGGAGAACCUUCCCCAGCGCCAGCCGAGGCAGCGGCAGGGCACCUCUCCGGUUCGCCAUCACAGCGCGGCCUCCUCGGGGCUUCAGACAGAGUGGGGGCCCCCAGUUGCACGCCCCGCUUUCUGCCCUGUCCCUCCUCUACCGUCUGCACUACAUUUCUGGCUUCACCCCAGACCCCUGCUAAUGGAAGAAGCUUAGAGCCUUCAGGUGGAAUAAAGUCACAUCAAAACAGAACUAUAUAUAUUUUCAGUUUUUUUGCCUUAUUGCUUUUUU